AUGAGUCGACAGUUUAGUUCCAGGUCUGGGAACCGGUGUGGAGGAGGCUUCAGCUCCAGCUCAGCUGGAGUUGUCAGCUGCCAGCGCCGGACCACUAGCUCCAUGAGCCGUAGUGGAGGAGGCGCUGGGAGUUUUUCAAUCUGCGGUGGUGGAGGAGGUGCUGGUGGCUUUGGAAGCCGGAGUCUUAUUAAACUUGGUGGCCGUAGAAGUAUCUCCAUGAGUGUGGCUAAAGGAGGUGGACGUGGUUGUGGUUAUGGCUAUGGUGGAUUUGGUGGUGGUGGAUUUGGUGGUGGUGGCUUUGGUGGUGGUAGCUUUGGAGGAGGUUAUGGCAGUGGUGGAGGUUUUGGUGGAGGUGGCUUUGGAGGUGGUGGCUUUGGAGGUGGUGGCUUUGGAGGUGGUGGCUGUGGAGGUGGUGGCUUUGGAGGUGGUUUUGGGCCUGUCUGCCCCCCUGGUGGCAUACAGGAAGUCACCAUCAACCAAAGCCUUCUGCAACCCCUCAACGUAGAGAUCGACCCUCAGAUCCAAAAAGUCAAGUCUCAAGAAAGGGAGCAAAUCAAGUCACUAAACAACCAAUUUGCAUCCUUUAUUGACAAGGUGAGGUUCCUAGAGCAGCAGAACCAGGUACUGCAAACAAAAUGGGAGCUGUUGCAGCAGGUAGAUACUUCUACUAGAACCAGCAACUUAGAGCCCUUAUUUGAACAAUAUAUCAGCAACCUCAGAAAGUCUGUGGACCAACUGAAGAGUGAUCAGUCUCGGAUGGAUUCUGAACUGAAGAACAUGCAAGACCUAGUGGAGGAUUACCGAAACAAAUAUGAGGAGGAGAUCAACAAGAGGACAAAUGCAGAGAAUGAAUUUGUGACCAUUAAGAAGGAUGUGGAUGCUGCUUAUAUGACAAAGGUGGACCUUCAGACAAAAGUUAACACCUUGCAGCAGGAAAUUGAGUUCUUUACAACACUCUACCAAGCAGAGUUGUCUCAGAUGCAGACUCACAUCAGUGAAACCAAUGUCAUCCUCUCCAUGGACAACAACCGCAGUCUAGACCUGGACAGCAUCAUUGCUGAGAUCAAGACCCAGUAUGAGGAGAUUGCCAAAAAGAGCAAGGCUGAGGCUGAAUGCUUGUAUCAGACCAAGUAUGAAGAGCUGCAGAUCACCGCUGGCAAACAUGGGGACAGUGUGAAAAGUUCAAAGAUGGAAAUUUCUGAGCUGAAUCGGAUGAUCCAGAGACUCAGAGCUGAAAUUGAUAAUGUCAAGAAGCAGGUGUCUCAGAUGCAGCAGGCCAUCAGCGAUGCUGAACAGCGUGGUGAGAAUGCCCUCAAAGAUGCCCAGAGCAAGCUGGCAGAGCUGGAAGAUGCCCUGCAGAAGGCCAAGGAGGACAUGGCUCGCCUGCUGCGGGACUACCAGGAUCUGAUGAACACCAAGCUGGCCCUGGAUAUGGAGAUUGCCACCUACAGAACUCUCCUGGAGGGAGAGGAGAUCAGGAUGUCUGGAGAGUGUGUCCCGAACGUGAGUGUGUCUGUGAGCACCAGCCACACCAGCGUCAGCGGAGGUGGUAGCCGAGGAGGCGGUGGUAGCUACGGCUCUGGAGGUGGCAGUUAUGGAUCCGGAGGAGGUGGCGGUGGCGGCGGCGGUGGAAGCUACGGCUCUGGAGGUAGCAGUGGAGGCCACCGAGGAGGCUCUGGAGGAGGAGGCGGCGGCGGCAGCUCUGGUGGCCGAGGCUCUGCUGGUGGGAGCUCUGGAGGUAGUUAUGGUUCCUCAGGAGGCCGAGGAUCCAGUUCUGGGGGAGUCAAGACCUCUGGUGGCAGCUCCAGUGUGAAGUUUGUCUCCACCUCUUAUUCCCGAGGGCCCAGAUAA